UUUCCAGUGACACGCGCGAACUGCGCGAUGCGACGUGUAAUAUGUUGAUGAUACUGUCGGAACGCGAGAAAAUCAGCGGUCGACGCGCGGCGAGAGAGUUUGAACGACGACGCCGUGAUCGCGGGUGCCGCAACUCCCGAUUAUCGACCACGGAUGCAAGCCCACCAUGGUCAAGGCGCAGCCGCGACCCAGGCGCGGUCGCCGCGAUCAAAGCUGUCGGAUUUCUUACACCUCUGGGUCAACAACAUCCGACUGCUCUACUCCUGGGGCAACCUAGAGAGCCUGACACCACAACUGCCUAGCACGAUGGGUAAUCUACAGAGCGAUAGUAAGAAGAAGCAGAAGAAGAAGGAUGCUGCGCCACCGAUACCAACGUCCGUGUCCACGGAUAUCGAACCCGAGACGACCGAGGACCAGAGGAAGGAGAAGCGGGACCAACCGUCCGCAGUUCCGGAAAGGCGUGAUGAACCUCAUGAGCCGAUCAAGAUCAGCUUUGAGAAAGUACAUACGCCGGGGCAUGUCAAAAGACCGGCACCGCCGCCACCGAUGGUGGUGUUAUCCAAAGACACGCAGGAGAGUGUAGAGCCUGAAUGUCGCAAAGAUACUGUAAUAACAGCGAAGCCAUGCGUAACAACAACGGAGUCUUUCCGCUCAAGUACCACGACAUCAACGACGACACCAGCUCAGACGCCGACGACACCGCAGACGACCCAGCUGCCACCAUUGUUGGUGACCGAUUCAUGGCGUUUGGCGAAUAAGAGCUUAGUCGUUACGGAAAUGCCGACGCCGCCCAGCCAGGAAUCCUCGAGCGAUAGUGUCUUUACUGAUCCUGGAGAGCUUACUAUGAGUCCGGUCACAGCAGGCACGAGACCGGAAGUGAUGAAACGUAAACCUAUCCUGGAGACGAUCGAUAGUAAGGAAGAGAAAACUUCGUUCAUGAUCUCGAAGCAUAAGAAGAUCCAUCUCUCAGUGAUGAGUCCCCGAAUAAGCAAAACGUCGAGUGAAAAGAAUGCAGUAUCGGGACCGAGUUCGCGCACUUUACAGAGGCGACACAGCGUCUACGAGUCUUCUGCAAGCGAAAACAGAGUGUUAAGAAGAGUGGCUAGUUUGACCUUGGAUCGAAAUAGCGCCAAGAAGAAAAGAAGCUCUAAAAGUAUCACCUGCCAAAAGACGGAUCGCUACAAGCAAUCCGAAGAACAAGAACUGCCAAUUUGUUUGACCUCUGCGCUACCAGACAAAGGUGCGAAGAAAAACUUUACGUCCAUGAUAGAUCGGACAGACAUCUGCGCUUUGUCAAAUGAACUUCAUUCAGCUCGAAAAUCGAGUCAAGUUUGCUGUGAACACUCCAUGCUUAAGGAUACUUAUUCAUACGAGGAAGAGGUAAAGAAGCUGAGAGAUGAAAUCAAACGGCUGCGCGAGAUAUCUACAGACCGGCAGAUAAUCACUAAAGGCCAAUCUACUCAAACAUCACCAACAAGUACAUCACCGGUUGAUGGAAACGUCAGUGAAACAAGCAACUUAAAUGCUGGAUCAUCAACGAUUAGAAGUGACGUCACGAAUCUCGAUCAAGCCAAGAUGACUCUUGCGCUUUCCUCCACAUCAAUCGACAUGGUCGAUCGGUCAUGCUUAUCACAUAGCAGUCAAGCACUUAGUGAAAAUCCAGCAUCGUAUCCAACGCCAAUACCUGCUCCAUUAUCACUGGAGGCAUUCUCGAAACGCAGAUCUAUAACGACGUCUUUUAUCCCACCGCCUCCGCCACCGUCGUCUCCAUUUACGCUUGCCACGUCGGUGCGUGACAGCGAAAGGACAGUUUCAGCAUCAUCAACAAAAUUGAUGGACGCUUCUCCUAGGAUACCGACACCACCGCCGCCACCUCCCCCCAUGUCGGCGCAAAGUAUUAUGAGUACAUUGCCAUCCCCGCCGCCUGCCCCAUCUCCACCACCACCCACGCCGAUGUUGAAUACUACAAUACCUAUUCCUCCACCUCCGCCUAUGCAGGUCAUCAUAAACGCGAUAUCUCCGCCGUCUCCUCUACGAAACACGAUACCGCCACCGCCACCUCCGCCACCACCUCCGCCCCCGUUUCCGUUCAAACCGGUGCAGAACGAUGAGAUUGGCAUACCUCCUCCUCCUCCACCGCCACCACCUAUGCUUCCUCAAAGUGCAACGUGUGAGAUGUCUUCUAUGAAAAUUAUCAUACCUCCACCGCCACCACCGCCGUCUACACCGAUAUUAAACACAUGCGGGAUACCACCGCCGCCUCCUCCACCACCAUCACUUGCGGGCGUUACUGGCGCGAUACCUCCACCGCCACCGCCGUUACCUGGAAUGGAGCAGAAUUCUAUGACUGGUCCACCACCACCGCCACCGCCUCCAGGUAUGCCUAUGCAGGGUGGUAUACCUCCACCGCCUCCUAUUGGAGGUUCAGGUGCGGGUCCUCCACUACCGCCUCUGGCACCGCCGCCACCCCCGGGAGCAAUGGGACCUUGUCCUUUACCCGCUCCACCAAUCGGAGGAUGGAACCCGCCGAGCAGAGCCAUUAUGAGAAAGCAACCUUUAAAUCCUGACGUGCCUAUGAAGCCAUUAUACUGGACGAGGAUUUUGGUACCAGUUACUGCGACCAGUCAAACUUCAUCAAGUACUUCAGAUUUAUCACCACAGGUGCCUCUGUGGUUAGAACUUGCCGAGGAGGAGAAUUUAAACAUGAAAGAGUUUGCUAAUUUAUUUUCAAGGCAGGUGAGAGAAAGGAAUCCGACCAAGAAAAAUGAAGGGACACCUCUCAAAAGUUCUAAGAUCCAACCUGCAAAAAUAUUAGAUUCGAAACGCUCAAAGAUGGUCGGAAUCCUUGAAAAGAGUCUGCACAUUGAUUUUAGCGAGAUCGAGAAUGCGGCUUAUAAUUUAGACACGAGUGUGAUUAGUUUAGAAGCAUUGCAACAGAUCUACGAAAUUAAACCGACGCAAAAGGAAAUAGAAGAAAUUGCAGCUCAUGAAGCAAUUUUUCCGGACAUUCCUCUCGAUCAACCGGAAUUAUUUCUCAAACGGCUGUCUGGUAUAAAGCAUUUCUCUGAAAGGAUAGCCUGCCUGAUGUUGCAAUCGGAAUUCCAGGACGCGAUAUCAUCAGUGUCGUAUAAAUUGAACAAUGUGCGAACUACCUGUGAUUUUCUGAUCAAUUCUGAGCCUCUAAGAAAAGUAAUAGCGAUCAUACUGACUUUGGGCAAUUAUAUGAAUGGCGGAAAUAUGUUGCGCGGCCAAGCCGAUGGCUUCGGCUUAGAAAUUCUCAGCAAGUUGAAAGACGUAAAAUCUAACGUACCUGGCGUCACCUUGUUGCACUACGUCGUCAAUGCAAAAUUGUCCCAGGAAAAGGAGCAUAAUUUCGACGAGCUAUUGCCUUUACCUGUUCCUGAACCGGCUGACGUAGAAGCGGCAUCCACAAUCAAAUUCGAUGAGAUCGCUAAAGAACUGGAUAGAUUAGAUAGAGAAUUACAAUCGUGUGCACAAAUGUGUAGUACAAUUGUGGAAGCAGAUCCAUCUACGUCCAAAAUAUUCAAAAAGAAAGUAGAUUCAUUUCUAUCAAGGGCGAAUACCGAAUUGGCGAGCGAAAAAGAAGAUUUAUUGGAGGCUAAAAACAAAUUCAAAGCUGUGAUGAAGUUCUAUCAAUUUAUUCCUAAAGGCUCCACCCUGGAGACUGCAGAACCUUACGACUUCUUUAAUCUAUGGCUUAGUUUCUGUCGUGACUUUAAGGAUAUCUGGAAGAGGGAACAGCAACGAAUACGAAAGGAACAACUGGAGGCAAUUCGUAAAAAGUUCGAAAACAAACCCGAAGUUGUAAGAGUAAAAUUAAAUCCGCACGGAUUGAAAGCAAAACUACAAAAACUUACACAUAAGAAGCAGACUCAAAGGUAGUCUUGUCGAAAUGUCCACAAAUUAAUGAUUUGAAGUUG